GGUGGGGCCCCUUUGCCUUUAGAGCGCCCACCUGCCACCGUCCCUAUAUAAGGCCCGGCCCUCCGCCCUCCAGGGGCUGCAGCUGGGAGAAGCUCUCUGGGAUCCGCUCCGAUGGCUGGAGCCUUGACCAUGGCCUGGGAUCGCGGGUUGGCCCUGCUGCUGCUGCUGGUCACGCUGGGGCUGGGCCAGCGGCCACCCCCCACGCCCGGCUUCCCGGGCCUGAGGCACAGCUAUGACUGUGGGGUCGAGGGCAUGCAGCUGCUGGUGCUCCCCCCGGAAGGCCGCACUGUGCGGUUCAAGGUGCUGGAUGAAUUUGGGAACCAAUUUGAGGUGAACAACUGCUCCAGCUGCUACCACUGGGUCACGGCCAAGCCCCAGGGGCCUGCAGUCUUCUCUGCUGAUUACAAAGGCUGCCACGUGCUGGAGAAGGCCGGGCGCGCCCACCUGAGCGUGUUCAUCGAAGCUCUGCUGCCUGACGGUCAUGUGGACAUGGCACAAAACCUCACGCUGGUCUGUCCCAAGCCCGCCCACAGCUGGACGACGCCCGACGCCCUUGGGUCGGGCCCCACCCACCCCACCCAGGCCGGCGCCCAGGGGGCCACGGAGGUGACCUGGGGAGCUGACAAGCCGGAGGACAUCGGCACCCGCCCGACCCCGGAGCAGUGUCGGGGGGACUCGGGGCACAUCCCCUGCAUGGCGCCAGGAAGCUCAAAGGAAGCCUGUCAGCAGGCUGGCUGCUGCUAUGACAACACCAGGGAUGUUCCCUGUUACUAUGGCAACACAGCGACGGUCCAGUGCUUCAGGGACGGCCACUUCGUCCUGGUGGUGUCCCGAGAGACGGCCUUGGCGCACAGGGUCACGCCGGCCAACGUCCACCUGGCCUACGCCCCCACCCGCUGCGCCCCCACCCAGGACACGGGGGCCUUCGUCGUCUUCCGCUUCCCGUUCACCCACUGCGGCACCACCGUCCAGGUGGCUGGCAACCAGCUCAUCUAUGAGAACCAGCUGGUGUCGGACGUGGAUGUCCAGGAGGGACCGCGGGGCGCCAUCACCCGGGACGGAAGCUUCCGGCUUCAGGUUCGCUGCAUCUUCAAUGGCAGCGACUUCCUGCCCCUACAGGCGGCUGUCUUCCCGCCCCUGUCGCCCGCCUCUGUGGCCCAGCCUGGCCCCCUGCGGCUCGAGCUGCGGAUCGCCAAGGAUGAGACUUUCGGCUCCUACUACGAGGAGAGGGACUACCCGCUGGUGCGGCUGCUCCUGGAGCCCGUCCGCGUGGAGGUCCGGCUCCUGCAGAGGACGGACCCCCGCCUGGCCCUGGUGCUGCACCGCUGCUGGGCCACCCCCGGCGCCAGCCCCUUCCAGCAGCCGCAGUGGCCCCUCCUGUCCGACGGGUGCCCUUUCGAGGGCGACAGCUACAGGACGCGCCUGGUGGCCUUGGACAGGGCCGGGCUGCCUUUCCCGGCGCAUUACCAGCGCUUCACCGUGGCCACCUUCGCGUUCCUGGACUCCGGCUCCAGCAGGGCCCUCAGGGGACCGGUCUACUUCUUCUGCAGCGCCUCCGCCUGCUCCCCGUCGGGGCUGGAGCCCUGCUCCGCUCCCUGCGGCUCCAGGACUGCACGCCAGCGCCGGGCCGCGAGGGGCCGCGGGGACACUGCCGAGCCGCAGGACGUGGUCAGCUCUCCGGGGCCCGUGGGCUUUGUGGACUCGUACAGGCAGGAGCCCGCGCCGGGGGCCACAGGCUCCACAGGGAACUCGGACCCGAGGCUUCCCCUCGGGGUGGCCCUGCUGCUGGCGGCUGCGGCCCUGGUCCUGGGGAUCGGUGUCUUCGUGGGCCUGACUCGGGCCCAGGCCCCGGGGCUCUUGGGGGGCAGCAGGGGCUGAACGGCUCAAUAAACGUGUUCUCAGGCUCUCUGUGCGGAGCAGACUUUC